CUUGCUCUAUAAAUAGACGCUCUCCUUCUCAAGGCAAACCUAAACUCCCUCUCGCCCUCCCUCUUUCUAGAGAGCGCUGAAGUAUGAAGAUGAGAAUCCAAGUCCAAUUGAUGUUGUUGUUGUGGUGGCUGUGGUGGCUGUCGGGCCUCGUGACAAGGUCAACCAUGGCCCAAGAGACGGUGAUCCCUAAAACAAUGCAUCUCGGCACCGGUGGGCCAAGCCGGCCGGCCUUUCCGAAGGGCUUCGCUCGGGGGACUAUGAUCUCAGCUUAUCAAGUCGAAGGCAUGGCCGACAGAGAAGGAUGCGGGCCUAGCAUCUGGGACGUCUUCGUCAAAAUUCCAGGCGAAGAUUUGAAGGUUUUCAUGAGAAGGAAGGCAGAGAUGAUAUGGGAACUGAUCAUGUUGAUAGUGAUGGGUGGCCGUGGUGUGUCGAUGGCCCAACAGCCACCGCCGGUGACGGAGGAGAUUCUACGUCAAGUGGCCGCUUCUCUCCAAAUGUACGUGGACGAGCUCCCUCAAAUGCCCAAGCUCUUCGGAUACACCCUCGACACCGGUUCGCCUAAACCUGGUAAUCUCACCAUCGGCAUGUACAAGACCAAAUGGAAAUUUCACCGGGAUUUACCUGCAACAACUGUAUUUGCCUAUGGAACAUCUGCUCAAACAGCCACGGUGCCCGGCCCCGCCAUUGAAGCAAUCCGAGGUGUGUCGACGUCUGUGAAAUGGGAAAACCACCUCCCCGAGUCACACAUACUGCCAUGGGACCCGACUAUUCCCACCACAGUCCCCAGGCACGGAGGUGUCCCCACAGUCGUGCAUCUCCACGGCGGUGUCCACCCCCCAGAAUCGGACGGCAGUGCUCUCGCUUGGUUCACCUCCGACUUCAAGGAGACCGGUUCCGCGUGGUCCCAGUCCACAUACACAUACCCAAACGUACAGAACUCCGGGACCUUAUGGUACCACGACCACGCCCUCGGUCUAACCCGGGUCAACAUCUUGGCUGGCCUGAUCGGCUCCUAUGUCCUUCGAGACCCGGCCCUCGAUGCGAGGAUGAACCUACCUGUUGGCCCGGAGUUUGAUCGCCAGUUGAUGAUCUUUGAUCGAAGCUUCUAUAAGGACGGAUCCUUGUAUUUAAACUACACCGGAAACAACCCAACUAUCCAUCCUCAGUGGCAGCCGGAGUAUUUCGGAGAGGCCAUCAUAGUCAACGGCAAGGCGUGGCCUUAUCUCCGAGUCCAGCGUAGAAAAUACCGAUUCCGCAUAAUCAACGUCUCUAACGCGCGGUAUUACAAUCUCGCAUUGACCGACGGCCUAUCGUUCACGGUGGUGGGAUCGGACUCGUCGUACUUAGCCUCACCCGUCGCCACCCAGCAGAUUCUCCUAUCGCCUUCCGAGGCCUUCGACGUGGUUGUCGACUUCUCCACCGCCACUGCGACCGAAUCCAUAUUGACCAACGACGCCCCUUACCCGUAUCCGACUGGGACUCGGCCCGAUCAACGAAUGGGCCAGGUCAUGAAGUUCAUCAUCAAGCCCGGAGCCCCCAGCCCACCCGACACUUCCCGUGUCCCAGCAAGUCUGGUGCCAAGCCAGGCGGCGGUGGCUGUCGGAGCCUCCCUCACGCGAUACAUCACAUUGUACGAGUACCUGAGCCCGGCCAGUUUGCCCACCCAUCUAUACAUAAACGGCAAGAGCUUCCUCGAUCCGGCCACGGAGACUCCAAAGUCCGGAUCCACCGAGGUGUGGGAGGUAAUCAACUUGACCGGAGACAACCAUCCGCUUCAUAUUCACCUAGCGACUUUUCAGGCGAUCAAAGUGCAGCAGCUGAUGGAUGAGCAAGGAUUCUUGAACUGCAUGACCAGCAAGAAUGACGCAGUGGCAUGCAACGUAACGGGCCAUGCAACUGGGCCCACUCUCGACGUUCCGCCCCAUGAGAGGGCGUGGAAGAACGUCGUCAAGAUGGAGCCCGGUUACAAAACGACGGUCGUCGUGCACUUCAAUUUGGUGGAACAAAACAAUGCUCCGUACCCUUUUGAUGCCACGUCAGCUCCAGGAUAUGUUUACCACUGCCACAUAUUGGAUCAUGAAGAUAAUGAGAUGAUCCGGCCCCUGAUGCUGGUAAAAUGAGAAGAUAUUGAUCUUGUGCGCGAGCUUCGAGAUGGCGUUUUCAAGCGUGAAUUAAUGUUGAUGUGACAUACUCAUGUCCUUAAGUUGUGUUGUCUGUUUUCUUCCUUCUCCAGUUCAAGGGUGAAUUAAUGUUCAUGUGAAAAAGAGUGAUUCGAGAGUCGAGACCAACAUGAGUAUACUUGUAAUGUUAUCUAGAACUAUGAAAGGCGUGGUAUUUGGUGGGUUUCGCAUAAACGAGCCAAAUUUCUAUUAGAAUAUUUAAA